ACAUGGUGUCAAUUUUUGGGGUUGAUUUUCUUCUCUACGUUAGUGGAGUUUCCACAACAGAAAUGAAGAGAUCCAUUGCCUAAAAGCGAUUUUAGCAAAAAGAAGAUUGAAAAAGUUGGAUCUUUUAAAUGGAAGAAAGGAACAAUUUUUUUUUUGUUGAAAUAAUGAUAAAAACUUUUUUUUUGGUUUUGGGUGUGUGAGAUAUUCAAUCAAAAGGGAAAGCAACUAAGCCAGUGCCUUAAAAAAGCAAUUUUGACCUUUUAAUAGUUGAAGCCUUUUGCAUAUUCUGUGGUCCGUGACAUUAUAUUGAAGCUGGGGAGGCUGUGCUCAUUGGCACAACCUUCAGAACCCGCUGUUGAAAUAAAGUCCCUUGCUUUCUUUCUCUCUUUUGCUCUCUUGUUGGGAUUUUGAAGAGGGCUCUGUUCCAAAAGACCAGAGCCAUUGUUUCUCUCUCUGAAGAGGUUGCUGAGAGUUGAUUUGGUGCUGAAAAGCAGUGAUCUACAACACUUUUCAGUGAUUCGAGAAACGAUGCGCAACGAGCUAUGGUUUGCACUGCUAAUGAUUUACAUGGGUGGAAAGAUUUUCCAAAGGGGCUUAGAGUUCUCCUCCUUGAUGGAGACACCAGUUCUGCUGCUGAGAUAAAAACAAAGCUUGAGGAAAUGGAGUAUGUUGUUGUGUCGUACUGCAAUGAGAAUGAUGCAUUGUCAGCCAUUUCGAGCAAACCCGAAACUUUUCAUGUCGCCAUUGUGGAGGUAACGACAAGCAACCAUGAAGGAAAUUUUAAGUUUCUUGAAGCUGCCAAGGACUUGCCUACCAUUAUGAUUUCAAAUAUUCAUUGCCUGAGCACGAUGAUGAAGUGCAUAGCGCUUGGUGCGAUGGAGUUCCUUCAGAAACCGCUCUCUGACGACAAAUUGAGGAAUAUUUGGCAACAUGUUGUUCAUAAGGCAUUCAAUGCAGGCGGUAGCGCCGUCCCCAAUUCUCUAAAGCCUAUUAAAGAAUCCGUUGUCUCCAUGCUGCAUCUAGAAUUAGAAAACAGUGAAAACGAGAAUCAAGUCGAAAAGAAGUUAGAAAUAUUGAGCGGCGAUGAUGACAACAAUCAUGAACUACUGGAAGGAAGUGAUAAGUAUCCAGCUCCUUCAACUCCUCAGCAGAAGCAUGGAAUGCGACUGGUCGACGAUGGUGACUGCCAGGAUCAAUUGAACAGUUCGCUUGAGAAAGAGUGCGGGGAGCAAGAUGGGGAGUCUAAAUCCGUCGAAACUACUUGUAUAAAUUCACUUGUUGAAGGUACUUCUCAAGUGGAAAACUCUCAGUUACCUGACCGAGAAGCAAUAAAAGAGGAAGAAAACUCUGCCGAUGGUUGUGGGGCUGCGAGUAACAUUGAUCAUGAUACACAUGAUCAAUAUAACAUUAGCAGUUCCGAGAAAAACAAGAGCAAACCAUGUGGUCUCAGUAAUCCUUGUGGGAUAAAAGUUAGUAGGAAGAAGCUGAAGGUAGACUGGACGCCCGAACUGCACCGAAAAUUUGUACAGGCAGUGGAACAACUAGGAGUGAAUCAAGCAAUUCCUUCUCGAAUUCUCGAGCUGAUGAAAGUUGAAGGCUUGACAAGGCAUAAUGUAGCAAGUCACCUUCAGAAGUAUCGUAUGCAUAAGAGACACAUCUUGCCAAAAGAAGAAGAUAGGAGUUGGUCUCAUUCAAAAGAUCCAAUGAGGAAGAACUACUAUCCACAAAGACCUGUGAUGGCCUUCCCCCCUCCCUAUCAUUCAAAUCAUAUAAUGCCAGUUGCUCCUAUCUACCCGCCGUGGGGUCAUAUGGCUUGCCCCUCGCCUGGUGUCCAAAUGUGGGUACCACCCGGCUAUCCACCAUGGCGACCACCGGAAAUUUGGCCGUGGAAGUCCUAUCCCGGGCAGCAUAUUUCAGGAUUUGAAAACGCCGAUCCAUACGAUAAAAGCUACAGCAUUGCAUUCAGUCCUAUCGAUCUUCAACUGGCUGAUGAAGAAAUUGACAAAGUGGUGAAAGAGGCAAUCAGCAAGCCAUGGUUACCAUUGCCUUUGGGGUUAAAGCCACCUUCAACAGAAAGUGUACUAUCAGAGCUCUCAAAACAAGGCAUCUCAACUGUUCCUUCUCACAUCAAUGGCUCUAAAGUAAUCCAAUGAAAGUUCUUCAAAGAACUCAGUUGAGGGUCCCAUCAUGUUCAUAAAGAAUAUCAGAAGAAAAAUCCAAUUGGCUUGUGGGCUCUUCCACUGUCUGUAGCAGCUGAUUUGGACCAUCUGAUUUUUCAUCAUCUGAUAUGUAAAAAAGAAAGAGAGAAGAGACAAGUGGAGCCUAAAACCAAGGGUGGCACGUGCAGGCUCACGUGGGAGCUGUGAUGUACUGUCCUUGUGACAAUGGUCAGAUGGAGGACAGAAUGGACGGUGGAGGAAGAGCCACGUAGGUGACUUUGAUACCACAAUUUUGAGGUGUGGCUGUGAAGAUGGCAGAAAAAGGAGGUUGUGGUGGGUUGGUGAGUGUUGGAGUAGUGGAAGAUGUAAUAAUUGAAUUCAUUAGAUUUUUUUCUUUUUUCUUUUGGGGGAGAGGGAGAAGAUCAGAUGAUGAUGGUGAUAUGUUGUUUUGUGAUGGGACCAUGAUUUUGAGUCUUUGUUCAAUAAUGUAAAAAUGACUAUGAAUUUUUGGUACCUAUGCUGUUGUUUCCUUAGGAUAAUAAAUUUUUUAUAGGAA